GAGACUUGCUCAUGACUUGCACAUGUAGGACUUACUCCCACCUCUGAUAAUCAUACAGUUAGCUGUAGUGUAGUUUCUUUGCAUCGUGGUGAAUUGAGUUAUAGGUGCAUUCCCAGUAUGUGGAGGUAACGUAGUGUACUAGUACAGUAGUUAUUCCAAACUACUAUUAGGUCUGGACUACAAAUAGUUUGUGUGUGUUCCAGGCCGAGAGUCCUAAAGCGGAGUGUUUUGAGUCCCUCUCGGCCAUGGAGCUUGCAGAGCAGAUCACAAUGCUGGAUCACAUCGUGUUCAGGAGUAUUCCCUACGAGGAGUUCCUCGGUCAGGGCUGGAUGAAGGUCGACAAAACAGAGAGGACUCCGUACAUCAUGAAGACCAGCCAGCAUUUUAAUGAUAUGAGUAACCUGGUGGCGUCUCAGAUCAUGGCCCACACUGACGUUGGCUCCCGAGCUAACUCCAUAGAGAAGUGGCUGGCAGUGGCCGAUAUCUGCCGCUGCCUCAACAACUACAACGGCGUGCUGGAGAUCACCUCGGCUCUGAACCGCAGCCCCAUCUACAGGCUGAAGAAGACCUGGGCCAAAGUCUGCAAACAGACAAAGGCGCUCAUGGACAGGCUGCAGAAGACUGUGUCAACGGAAGGACGGUUCAAGAAUCUCAGAGAGACACUGAAAAACUGUAACCCUCCAUGUGUCCCGUACCUGGGCAUGUACCUCACUGACCUGGCUUUCAUUGAGGAGGGAACACCCAACUUCACAGAGGAAGGCCUGGUUAACUUCUCCAAAAUGAGGAUGAUUUCUCAUAUUAUCCGGGAGAUUCGUCAGUUUCAGCAAUCACCUUACAGGAUAGAGCACCAGCCCAAGGUGACUCAGUUCCUCCUGGACAAGACACUAGUGAUGGAUGAAGAUACCCUCUAUGAUCUCUCGCUGAAGAUCGAACCCCGAGUACUCCCUGGCUAACUUCAUUACACACAAACAUAUUCACUUCGACAAAAUAUACAUCCAUCUUUACAAUAUUAACUAUAAUUAAACACAACUUGAGUUUCUUUCUUAAUGGCGGGGGUCGUUUCAUAAAACACCCCGAGUUAUUGUGCUAAGGAAACUCGGGAGAAAAUGUGCCUUGUUGUGUAAAUAUCUGAUGUGUAUAUUUAGUAAACAGAAUGAACUGUAUAACACACACAACUCUGCCAUACAAUCGUACAGUUAUGACUGUAGAAACAACCAUGUUAACUACUUAAACAUGGCACUAGAAACUAACAUGUUGCUGCUAUCACAUUGUAAAUACUAAACAACCUGCCUCUUUAGUCUUGCACAUAAACAUUGUUAGAUGAUUUGUAUGAUAAUGUCCAGAUUAAUCUGCUCAGUCCCCGGGUAUCAUUUUGUGAAGCAUUUACACAGAAUACAUAAAAGUAACUUGAUGAUGUGUUCAAAGACAUGUUGCUCACUGGGAGCAAACAGUCCCUUGUUUGGCCACUUGGGGCAGCAGAACAAGCUGGAAACAUGAUUAUGAAUUGUUACUUCGAGCUCUGUUUUGGUCUCCACCAACACUUUAGAGGAAUAUCAGUUAAAAAGCUUCACUUUCCCAACAAGCUUUUCUUUAAAUGUGUGUGUUUGCUACACAGUGUUUUUUAUAUAGAGAUUAACCAAAAAAUAGCUGCCCUCUACAGCAAGAAGCAAGGUCUAUGAGAGCUGUAAGACUCAACCAUAUUUGUGAAGUUGCGGGAUGUAGGCCUACUGUAUUGCCCUUAUCAAUAUUUUAAUAUUAAUAAUGCAAUAUUUCUCUGAUGCACACACUGUACACUACCUAGUCAGCACCAAAAAGCAGACCAACAAACAUACUUGCCAACCUUUAGACCUCAGAAAUCGGGAGCAUUUCAAAAUUAAAAUGGG